GGGGGUCGCCUGCAUACUCUCCGAUCCUAGUCCCUACCUGUUGUUUGGGGAAGUGUUUGAGCGAGUAUCGCCGCGUCGCCAACGUGAGUAUCGCCAUGGUCGGCUUGGGGCGAGCGACAACCCGAGUGGCCACCCUGGUGAUUGUGACAGCUUCACCCGAUUGGAUGGCCGAGCACUUCGAGAUACUUCAACAUCGCACACUGCUGGAGAUCACUUUGCCUGGAUCACACAACAGUGGCAAUUACCAAGGAGGUUUGCAUGCGGAUUUGCUUUGCGAAAGCGACUACAAGUACGGCGAGUACUUGGGAAGUGCAAGUUCUCAUUUGUUGCAAGAGUCUGGAAGGCCACUGUUGAGCCAGGCAGAGUUUGAUCGGAGAAUGAUUCCGUGGAACAUCAACCACUUUCGACCCAUCAAUGCACAGCUGUCCGAGGGCGUUCGAUUUCUUCAUUUGAAGAUCUGCAACUUCGGAGCUCCAGGUGCACCGACCAUGGAUCUGGGCACCGUGCACUUUCAACACCGAGGCUAUACCACCCGGGAGACAGUGGCGUCGACGCUCCAGGAACUGCGCGCCUUCCUGGAUGCGCAUCCGAAGGAGAUCGUAAUUCUGGGCUUCAACAACUUACACAACCGCGCCUCGAAGUCCUUCGGAGAAAUGGAUAUUGCCGCACUGGCUGUUGCCCUGGAGACUUCCAUAGGUCCUGAGAAUCUCAUCAGUCGGGAGCAGCUCUACAGGCAAACGCUGCGGGAACUGGUCGAAGCGAACCGACGAAUUGCAGUCUUCUUGAAAGGUGCUCCGCAAGACCUUGGCCAUAUAAUACCCAGUGAGCUUGCGCUAGAAGAGAACUGGUCGCCGGUCAUGGCCAGCGGUGACUUGACUGGAGCAAAAGCCUGGCUGCUGAAAGACCUGAAGACCUCAGCGGUGCAACGAGACCGGUUCUAUGUCAUGCAGGCCAAUCCCAACAAUGCUGAGGAAAAGAUGUACGAACGCAUGAAUGCAAACAGCAGUCCUGCAUCCAACUUGGAUUUCUUGGAGAAGUUCUUGCAAGACUUGCCCGCUUUAAUACUUCAAGCAGCGCAUGAAGAACCGCGUAUCCAAAUCAACGUGAUUGACAGUGAUUUUCUGAACAUCAGCAACCCCUAUGCAACUGCUAUGGAGCUGAUGAUGCCGACAAGGGCCCUGACUGAGGGGUCUACAGGCCUUACAGGCCUUGGUUUCUGGAUUCUUGGCCUUUUAAGCCUGUGUGGCUUGCUGGCAUGCACGGCUUUCUUGGCUCGCAGGAGUCGGUCAAACGGCUACGAUCAUCGCUUUGCCAAUGAUCUUUAGAGAUGCGACGAUCGGAGAAGUGUGUAGGUAGUUGGGCUCCCCUGCAGCCUGCAGCAAAGGGCUGGCCAAAACAUAUGGUUUCAAUGCCACGUUGCAGAUGCAAGAUUUGAGCGGAUAACUUCCUUUCUUACCGCCCUGAGCCGCGGCAUUUGCUGCUGCUAGGCAACCAGUCUUUGUGGGCAAA